GUCACUGGUACUGAUCAGCAAGUAUCAGAGUCAAGCUUGGGUGAGAGGAACAUGACCGUGGACUUCAGCACACAAGUUUCUGUCGAGAGCACCUCUUUGAUGGUUUCUGAGACUGUUGAUAACCCAGACCGUAGUUACUCCUCUGAAGAUCUUUGUUCGCUGGAAGUUCAAGGGUCUCUCUACUCUGCAGAUCUUUCUCCCUGCUCUACAGCCCCCAAAGAGCCUAUGGACCAGAGCUGCAGCACCCGCUGCAGGUUCCACAGAACUCACUCAGAGGGUUUUCCUGACGAGGAUGACAGUUCCCACAGCCAAGCCUCUACUGACAGGUCUCAAGGACUGGAAAAGAACUGUGCCUACGGCAGGUCCUUGGACUGUUCCUCAGAGAAUUUCAGCCUGUCAGAACUGCAGAGUUCUGCUCAAGGGAGCAAUGCCACGCCACCUUUGAAGCAAAAGCAGAUCUGCUGUGCAGACGUUAGCCAGCCUCCUGCCCCUUCCCAGACCUCUCCCUGUUUUGGGCCCACAAAUGCUUCAUCAUACACAAGUGGCAAAGAGAGUGCGGUCCAGCAGCAUCAUGUUACAAAUCACCGAAUUUCAAAUAUAGUCCGAUCAACUAGUGACCCCGUCUCAUGUUCGUCUUGCACAGAAGGUGAUAAUUGUGCCUGGACUCCUUUAUGUAGCCACUGUCAAGAUGCAGGAUUAUCUCCAGCUACAUUAGGAACAGUUCCUGUUUCUGGUUCUCAUGUGGCUGCCUCUGCUUGUGAGCAUUCUUUGAGCAGUUUCCUACCAACUGGAAAACAGAGGGAUGCAAGGAAGCUUGAUCUACACCUGAAGCCAAAGGCUUUGCACAAAGUCUCAAAAGAGCGACCAUACUCUUUAGUGGACCUUAAGACUUAUAAAGACACAAAAAUUUUAGUGGCAAAAUUUUUGGAACAUUCAAACUGUAAUCUCCCUCCAGAAGUACGUCAUGUAGUGAAUAGCAUACGAUCGGUGAUAAAAUCUGAUGAAAGACACAUGGAAGAAGCCAUCUUCAGUGCCAAUAUUAUAGACCAGGUAAUGGCAAGUUCCCAGCAGAAUGUGAAUACCUCUAGAAAUCGACUUCAAGAAGAUCUUCAUCUUCAGAGCUGCGGUGCUCUGAGCUCUCCACUUGCAUUCUCACGUAGGUCCCGUAUCACUCGCCCUUUACAGCACGACAGGCCUCACAGUUUAAUUGGAGUUUGCCGGGAGACCAUCCUUUGAUAAUAUUCGCAGGUAUGUGAUUGCAGCAGAAAGAAUUAUGGAAGAAACCAGGACUGGGAGAAAUACAAGUAGUGGAUGACUUAAAAAGGAAAAAGUGUCUUCCCUUGGAAUUCCACCUUUUUCAAACAGCAGGAGGAGAACACCUGUUUUUCUGAAUGUAAAUUUCGGCUCUCAUUUUUGCGAAAUUUUAACUGAUUUGGUAGUCAAAUCUCAACAAAUGUUUUCCCAACCAGAAAUGUGUUUAUUUCACUGUACUUACAGAAAUGCUACUAAUGCUGCCUAGCACUUCUUGAAAAUCAUGGCGAAAGUGCCA